AUGCACAACAAAGAUAAUUUAUUUGUUAAUCUUUCUCAUAUUGUAUUAAAUAGAAUUAUAAGAGAGUUUGAUGAUGAUUUAGAUAUCAUUUGUUUUAGUUUAGUUUGUAAGAGAUGGUUUGACAAUCGUCAUAAAUAUCUAUCAUUCAACUGUAAAACGAAUGAAUUAGAACAAGAGUGUAAACUCAAUGCAUUUACAAUGAAUUCAUACAGAAAUAUAUUUAUAAAAUCUAUCGAUCAGAAGAUAUAUAAAGAUACAUUAUUUAUCACACAAGAUAUAAUUGAUGAUACACAUCAAAAUAAUGAAAGUUUCAAAGAUUUUGAUAUUCCUAAAUCAUUCGUCAAGCUAGAAUGUUUAGCUUGGUUUGAUUUAAAUGAAUUCUCUGUCGACAAACUUAGUAAAUCGAAUGUAAAAUCAAUUAGAUUCUUUCCCGAUCGACAAGAUGAAUUCAGAAAUGACAUUUGUUUACCGUCUAAUAUAGAGAGUCUCUAUUUUCCUUUCUCAAUUAAUUUAUCAAUAUUGCCAUUGGAUUUGAAAAAGUUGGAAAUCAUUAUCGAGUUGGAAUCAAAGAUUGAUUUUUCACUUUUACCUCGAUCUCUAAAAGUUCUAAAGAUAACAGGAGGUACCUUUAAGAAAGGACAACUCCCUCCAAAUCUAGUAAAGUUUUCACAUCGUCUAAGUACUUACGAGGAGAAGGAUAUGGUUCUUUUUCCAUCAACUUUAAAGCAAUUGAGAAUAUCAACCAAUUGUCUUGAGAAUAUCAACCUUUUUCAAUCGCUUCGCACCCUCAAUCUAAAGAUCCCUCGUAGAUCAACCUUAGAAUUUGGUAUGUUUCCCGAGAAUCUAACACAUUUGAAAAUCAACAAUGUAUAUGUUCAUUUGCAAAUUAAAAGAGAGAUGAUUCCACCAAACAUCAAAAGAAAAUAUAUUUUCGUCAUUGGAACACUUGGAAACAUUAGAUCUCUCAAAAUUAAAUUAUAUAUCAUCAGACGAUUCGCCAUUUCCUUUUUAUGGUGUGCUUCCAUCGAGUUUGACAAGACUUUACCUUCCAUUCAAUUUCAAUACGAAACUAGAUAG